ACUACUUUUUUAACGACGAACCGACGUAUUUGCAAAAGAAAGAAAAAAUACACACCACUAUAUCUAUAGCUACUGCACAUUUAUUGAGAGUUGACGACCGAAUCUGGUAUACCUGCUGCCCAAUCUAUGCGUGUUGUACACAUUUAUGGAGAUCCUUCCUAAUAUUCCUGGAAUAGAACAACAUGUAUUUGGAGACAUAUACUUUGGUUACUUUGUACCUACCGUAUUGCGUGGUCGUUCAGAUGCGUUCCAGCGUGAUAUCAAUGCCAUACUGUCUGAAUGGGUUUUGCUUUCUUUGAAUGGUGGAUUUGAUAAGUUUAUUGAGAGAGAUAGCGACUUUGGUUUGAAAUUGUUUGGCACCAUAUUCCGAGAACUGUGCUUUUCAAAGAUUUUGACAACCCAUCCAUUAGAAUCGAUUAGUACUGUGUGGGAAGUAUUUUGGGGUGUUUUGGCAGAUUGUUUUAACAGUACAAUACGUGAAGAUGAGGACCAGGUUUGGUUACUUCGUAGAAGUGGCUGCAUUUACAUAAUGUUUUAUCUAUAUCAUUGUCAGUCGAAUUCCAACAUCCUUCCCAUUCCGCUUGCAGUUGAGACCAUAACGAAUUGCGUUGAUACCUGUUUUGUAAUAUCACGAAAGUUCUCUAUUUCAACAGUAUUAGAGGUGUUCAUCUUCCUUCUGAGGAGACACUGUAUUCGUGUUUGUCUGAUCGACGGACUCCAAUAUAUUCCGCAGGAUAGGACUGGGAGGCCAAUGGGUUCGGCGAUUAACGAGGACUACAAUUGAACCAAGCGUGUAAAGCUGGAUCGUGUUUUCUUAAACUUUAAUGCUUUGAAUAUAAACAUACUUAGAUAUUGUUCCUAACUGCAAAUGUGCUGCCUUCUCCACUAAAGCUACGCCAAUAACAUCUGGUGUAUUAAAAAGAAAUACUUUGCCAACUAGAGGCACCAUAAAGUGACUUGAUCAAUUUGUCGUGAUUAUAUCCUUGAAGAUUCUUUUGGUCAACAUGGUACACUUCGGUCAAGUGAUAAUGGGACCACCCGGUUCGGGCAAAUC